UUGGAGAGCCGCUAGUUCAGGCAAGGAUAGAGAGCGUCCUCGGCUGAACCCCAUAUGCAAAGCUACAAAUAGGAGCUGCAGCGUUCAAACGGAGCACAAACGAACCGGGAUAGGUUUCGGCACGUAGAUGACAUUCUCUAGCACUUUACACCAGAUGACACAUUUAACAUCUUAAAGUCUGUAAUCCACUGAAAAUAGCUGCUUUCACUUGGACGCGAUUUUCCUUUGGUCGGGACUCAUGAGAUCAUUUUAAAGGUGGAGCUGUUAAACAAACGAAGCUGAAGCUGACCUAAAUUAAAAAAGGAAACUUGUGUGACUUGACACUUUUGUUCUCAGAAUGUUUGAAGAGGGAUCUCAAGAAAUGAGAGAGCAGAGUGCGGGGGUGCUGCCGGCUGUGGAGGCUGUGAGCACGGGAAUGCUAGGAUUAGAUGUGGCGACCAACAGCAACACAAUGUCUUUCACAGAAGAGGCUGUCUCCAUACUGUCGUCAAGCAGUCUGCUGGCUCGCUCGCUGUUAGGCCGCACAUCAGCAUUGAAACGCAAAGAGGUGAGCCCGAGUGGAAACACACUAAGGCGCAAGCGUGAGUUCAUCCCCCAGGAGAAGAAGGAUGAAGGGUACUGGGACAAGCGCAAGAAGAACAAUGAAGCAGCCAAGCGCUCGCGGGAGAAGCGUCGGGUCAAUGACAUGGUGCUGGAGAACCGUGUACUUGGGCUGCUUGAGGAGAACGCCAGGCUCAGAGCAGAACUACUAGCACUUAAAUAUCGCUUUGGCUUGGUCAAAGAACCUUCAAAUGCAGCCAUUCUUCCACUAACCACCACAGCCCCGUGUGUUUCACAACCUGCCAACUCACAUUAUUACCUAGUCCGUGAAGAUGGGCUUCACCCCAGUACUUCUAUGGUGCCCCAUCCAAAUUCCACUCAGGCUGUAUUCCACAUUGGACGUGGUAUCAGGGAGAAUGGCAACAUGUCAGAGGACUCAGGCUUCUCAACUCCUGGAGGUUCCAGUGUUGGAAGUCCUGUGUUUUUUGAGGACCGGCUGAGUGAUCAUGGCAAACUGUCUCCAAGCAGAUCUGAUGAGUUGGGCUGCGAAUAUCACCACUCUCCUGCCCCUGAUAUUGUUGUGGCACAGGUCCCAAUAGGGCACACAUCCAUAGCGCAUGGAAGUGUGGACUCAGUCGAAGGUAUGAAGAGUCUCCCACAUAAAUUACGCUUCAAGUGUCCAGGCAGCAGCGAAAGUGAGAACCAAAGUGAAAGACGCAGUCCUCUGGAGCAUACAGGAGCACGGGAAAACCCCAGAAAUCAUUUCGCAUUUGGCAUGAAUGAAGGGGCUCGACUUUGGUCACAGCAUGAAGGAGAUGAAUCUCGAAAAAUGCUCCCUCAUCAUCACGGGGGCCCGAUUGGUGGUUGCAGCAGUGGUCAGCCACAUGGGAACCACAGUGAGGCAUAUUACAACGCUGAGAACAGCAUGCUCAAAUCUCAACUUAGUUCCCUUGGCGAAGAAGUGGCACAGCUCAAGAAGCUCUUCUCUGAGCAACUCUCCAAAAUGAACUAAAGAUCUUAAAUUCUACAUGUAAUUGAAUACAGGGAGCUUGGUCUUUCUAAGCCAGACCCAGCCAUAAACAAUAAAUCAUAAGGUUUUUAUUCAGACCAGUGUUGAAACUAAAUUUUAGGUCACUGUCAUGACUAGUAGUAGCCAGUAGACUCCUAUACUGUCCUUCAGUUCCUAUAACUAGUUUUGUAACAGGAGGAGAAAAUUAAAGAAGGUUGUGUGCUAUGGAUAUACAGUAUGGAUGUCACUAUACAGUAUGUGCUGCAACUCCUUAAACCAGGGAGAAAAAAAUUACCAGCAGGUUCUUAAGGCUUAAGGCACUUCAGUCACUCUACACAAGCAUACAUUACUGCUAGACUCCAGUGGGUCACCAAACCAAAGUGUAUCAUUGUUGUAACACAGCAUUUCCAUAUAAAUUGUCAGCUCUGCCGUUAUAUGUCAGAUUUAUGGAUUUGAAAAUGAAUAGGAAAUGAGUUUGGUGCUGACUGUGAUUACAGGUUAAAUAUUCCAUUAUAGUUUGUCUUAUAGUUUAACUUCAUUAUAUGUAUGUCAUGCAGAUUUGAAAAGGGAAGACAUACAUGUUUUUGCUGAGUAUGCAAAUACUAAUGACCACUCCAAGCUUUUACUGAAUGGAGAAUAUAAUUAGGAAACAAAAUAGGUCUGGAGUAUUUUGUGGACAAUUUUUAAUAAUAAUAUGAAUAAUAAUAUGAAUAAUAAUAAUAAUAACAAUAAUAAUAAUAAUAAUAAUAAUAAUAAUAAUAAUAAUAAUAAUAAUAAUAUGUAUCAUGAUAAAAUGCUAUAUGCACAAUAUCAUAGUAUUGUAGCCCAACACAUCACAUAAAUGCCUUUUCCUGCCUUUCCCCUUUAUACUGCUUGUUACUGCCAUUUGAGGUCAGGAUUGUGUGUAACUAGUAAAUAAAACACUGUAAAAUGUGUAUAAUGGUGGUAAAAACCUGUGUUGCCUUGUGUAUUUAUGUGUGUGUUUUCAGUGUUUUUAUAUGUGAAUAAAUAUUUGCCAACA